AUGUCCUCCAUCGUAGACAGCGUCAAGAACACCAUCGCCGAGAACUUCGGUGGUCCAGCCGAAAAGCUCGCAACCCACCAGUUCUCGCUCUCCGAAACCCCCGACCUCACCAACAAAGUCGCCGUCGUCACCGGCGGCAGCGAAGGUAUCGGCUACGGCGUCACCCACACUCUUCUGUCUCACAACAUCAGCAAACUCUUCAUCCUCUCCAUCUCCGAAGACGUCGUCAACGGCGCCAAGAGGUCCGUCGCUGAAGAACUCGGCCAAGAGAAAGCUGAUCGCACAGAGUGGAUCCAGUGCGAUUUGAGUAACUGGGCUGAAAUGAAGAAGGCAGCUGAGCAGAUCAAGAAAUCUACUGAUCGUCUAGAUAUUCUUGUUAAUAAUGCGGGAAGAGGAAUUAUGACGUAUCAGCUUUCGAAGUAUGGUGUUGAUCAGCACAUGGCUGUGAACCACUUUGGCCAUGUUCUUCUGACUUCUUAUUUGCUCGAGCUUUUGAAGAAGACGGCUGAUGAGCAUGGGACUGUGAGGAUUGUUAACCUUGCUUCUAAUGCGCAUCAGGGUGCGCCUAGCGAUGUCAAGUUUGAGAGCCUUGAUGAGUUGAACCAGGAUCUUGGACCUAACCCUCAGUACGGACGAUCCAAGCUGGCCGCUAUUUUGUAUAGUCGGUAUUUGGAUCGUCAUGUCACCAAGGCUGGAAACCCCAAGAUCUUGGUGAAUGCCACGCACCCUGGAUUCGUCAGCACCAGACAGAGCGUUGAGCAUAUCCAUGAAGCGUAUCCCCUUGCUGGUUACGCCAUGUCGACUGGCAUGGAACCUUUCAAGAAGGAUCAAUUCCAGGGCGCCACUAGUUCGGUGUUUGCUGCGACUAUCACUGACAAGUCGGGGCAGUAUAUCUGUCCUCCUGCUGUGCCGGAGUCGGGUAAUGAACUUUCGCAGAAUGAGCAGCUUGGUGAACAGUUGAUGGAGUUGACAAGGAAGGUCAUCAGCGACAAGUUUGAGAGCUUCGAUGAUCGGAAGUUUUAUUAG